UCGGCGCAUCCAUGGCUUCUACGAGAGAUGAGCCGCAGCAACAACCCCUGCACAUCCUCUUCCUCCCCUACUUCGCCCCGGGGCACCUCCUUCCUGUCGCCGACAUGGCCACACUAUUUGCCGCUCGCGGCGCUAGGUGCACCAUCCUGACCACGCCCGUCAACGCCGACAUCAUCCGGCCGGCCGUCGACCGCGCCAACGACGCCAAUCUCCACGUUGCCGAUUCUCAGAAAGUCGUCAUCUCCGUCCUGCCGUUCCCCGACGUCGGGCUCCCACCGGGCAUGGAGAACAUGAAGUCGAUCACACCAUCCCACGGAGUAGCCUACAUUGUCAAGUUCGUCCAUGCCGCGCAGCUUCUCCGGGAGCCGUUCGAGCUGUUCCUGGCCACCAGCCGCCCCCGCGUGGACGCCGUCGUGACCGACAGCUUCUUCGCCUGGUCCGCGAACGCGGCCGCGGCGCACGGCGUCCCGCGGUUAGUGUUCCUCGGCAGCAGCGUGUUCGCGCGGUCGUGCAGCGAGAGCAUGCUGCGCAACAACCCGCUGGAGACGACGGCGAAUGGCCGCGACGAUCCUGACGCCCUCGUUGCGCUGCCGGGGCUGCUGCACCGUGUGGAGCUAAGGCGGAGCCAGAUGCUGGACCCCGAGACGCGGCCGGAGGAGUGGGCUUUCUACCAGAGCAGCAAUGCCGCCGACGAGAGGAGCUUCGGGGAAGUGUUCAACAGCUUCCAUGAGCUGGAGCCGGAUUACGUGGAGCACUUCCACAAGACGUUAGGCCGUCGCGCGUGGCUCGUGGGACCGGUCGCUCUAGCCAGCACUGAUAUGCCCGUCGCGGUGGAGGGCUCCGGUUGCUUGCCGUGGCUGAACACGAAGCCGGCCGGCUCGGUGGUGUACGUCUCCUUCGGCAAGCUCACCAGUUUCUCCAUUGCUGAGCGUCGCGAGAUCGCCCGUGGCCUUGCCCUCUCCGGGAAGAACUUCGUGUGGGUCCUCGGUGGCAGCGACGACGACGACCCGCCGGAGUGGACGGCUGAAGGCUUCGCCGAGCUGACAGGCAAUAACAACCGCGGCUUCCUCGUACGAGGGUGGGCGCCGCAGACAGUCAUCCUGAACCAGCCGGCGCUGGGUGGGUUCGUGACGCACUGCGGGUGGAACUCGGUGGUGGAGGCCGUGAGCGCCGGUGUGCCGAUGGUCACAUGGCCGCGGUAUGCCGACCAGUUCCACAACGAGAAGCUCGUCGUGGAAGUGCUCAAAGUGGGUGUGAGCCUCGGCGCCAAGGACUAUGCGUCUGCCAUGGAGACCCAUGUGGUGAUCCCUGGCGAGGUGAUCGCUGGGUCCAUCAACAGAUUGAUGGGAGACAGUUUGGAGGGCAAUAGCAUACGGAACAAGUCUAAGGAGCUCGGUGUGAAGGCUAGGAUCGCGGUGGAGAAAGGUGGAUCUUCUUACGAUGAUAUUGGGAGACUGAUGGGCGAGUUGAUGGCCGGUCGGAGUGCUGUCAAACAUUGAACUUAACUAAGAAAAGCUUGGCGCAAUGGAACCAUAUUGAUUACAGGAGAUACUAGGCGAUGUGUGAGGCAGCUAAGGGUUGCAUGGUUUAUUGGUGCUGUGGUCUUAGUUUUUCCUUUCUUUCCUUUUUUUUGUUGAAAAAGCAUGAAGCUUUAUUAGGAAAUUUGGGCCAUAUCGCCCAUCACAACGCUGGCAACAUGUACCGGUGCAUCAUCAUCCCAAAUAAAAGACUCAUUGGCACUAUAUGAUUUACCCAAAAUAGCAAUUUAAUAGGCCACUUUAUU